AUGCAGCCAGAGUACCUGCAGCGGUAUACGGAUGUGGCAGACCCAGAGAAUGGAACCUCCUCAAUACUGGCUGAUCUCGAUAAGCAUGGCUUUUUGUGCACCGACGACUUGAAAUCCUUGGCAUCGGAAGAUAUCCAGUACUUAUCCCUCAAAAAUUCUUUGAGCAUACCCGCUUCGACUCAAGUCUUCGUUGAAAGUUAUUUCAAGAAAAUUCACCCCAUGCUCCCGGUGCUAGAUGAAAUGCAAUUCUGGCGUGCGUUUGAAGAUCAUACGGAGAAGAUAUCCAUAUUCGUCUUUCAGGCUCUCAUGUUUGCCAGUGCUCCUUUUGUAUGUCUGGAGACUUUACGUGGAUGUGGUUUUGAAGAUAAACGUGAUGCACGCAAGCAAUUGUAUAUCAGAGCAAAGCUUCUUUUUGAUCUCAAAGUUGAACUGAAGCCAUCAGCAAAGGCCCAGGGUGCGCUCCUACUUACUCACCAUUCUUCCGCCGCUACACCUCUGGCAGGAAGCCUAUGGCUGACAAGCUCUAUUGAGAACGCCAUUCUCAUAGAUGCACAACCUUCUCUGGUAGAGGACCCUGUGAGCGAUUCCAUGAAAAAGCGUCUGUGGUGGUCAAUAUUACUCCGAGAUAGAAGCCUCUGCAUUGGUCUCCGUCGACGUCCUCAAGUCACUUCAAUCAAUCUCCACGGCUAUCGGGAUUGGCUUCAAGAGGAAGACUUUGAGGAUGAAAUGCAUCAUUCGAAAGUCUAUGACUACCAGACUAAGGCUAGAUUCCUUUCAGUUCUGCAAGAGCAAUGCACAUUGGCAAUUCUUUUGACGGACCUCGCUUCAUUGAUAUUUAACCCUCGAUUGACCCCUGCGGCAUCAUAUUCCAAUGAUGAGUUUGAAAGCCACAUGGAAACGCUUAAAAAUCUCAAAGAAUCCUUGGUUCAAUGGCAUUCCCAGGCUCAAUAUCACCCGGGAAGGAAAGAAAGAUAUCCCCAUGCAUCUACUGCCUUACAGAAUCUGACAUUUAUGAUUUACCAUACAGCGAUGGUGGAUCUAGCACAAUACGCAGGUCUUUUGAUAGAGGAGUAUCCAUAUCUUCCAGCUGAACGGUAUCAACGGAUGAUCAGGGAUAUUGGAAAUGAUUUGAAAUGUGGAAUAGAUGGAUUGACACCGGUCAUGGAGUAUUUCAGCUUGACUGGCCAUGUGGACAAUUUACCUUUGAGCGUACUCGCAUAUGUGGGAAUGCCGCUCGUUCUAGCUGCCAUAGACCUGAAACUUUCACCCUCGCGUUCAGAGGCGGCAGCCAGGCAAAAACGAUUGGAUUCUUUAAGUAGAAUCAUACGACAUUCGGAAAGCCUGUACGACGUGACGGAUUUUGUUGCAGCAGGAACCAACCACAUCCUUCAGCUAGCCUAUGUGACUACGCAGAACUGCUUCCUUCCCAAAGAGAUUUCGUCGACAAAGCACAGCAGGGGAAGAUCUAAUUCUUUGCACCAUGACAACAUCUCUCGUGAGCUUUCCAAGCGCUCACUAUCACCUAGUCAUUCCAGAGCCAAGAAUUGGCUAGACGCCUUCCUUCUCUGUCCUCGUGGUUAUCUUCUGAUCUCCACAUCCGUGGAUUAUAGCCUUUCAGUAGGCCGCCUACCAUAUGAUAGCUCUCUCCCGGAACUCGUCCGAGAGAUUUCCAAUAAAUUUUCGAUGUCUCGUCUCCCAUGGUCAGUGGGGAACAAGUCAUCCAUCUACCAAGCACUCUUGCCGUCGGAUGAACGAGCACAUGCAGACUCAAGAUCGACUUCUCGGGAAGUUUUAUCAGACUCCCUACGAGGUAGCUGUUUGAACAACAGCGAUGACAGAGUAGCACAUCAAGAUCGACCAGCUGUCGAUUUCCAGUCAGAGCACCAGGAGAUCUAUGGCAAUGAGAUCACCGAGAGGGGGCAUAAUAUAUCAUCUCACAGGAUCAACCUCGACUUCUUUGAUCUUGGAUUUGACCAGAUACCUCCCUCGGUGGUCUCACCUUCAGAAUGGUCACUAUCAAAAGCUGAAGAUAUUUGCAGUCUCCCAUUCGGCCCCUCUCAGCAUUAUUUAAGUAAAGUGGAUGGCGUUGGCCGUGUGAUGGAUUUCGGAGGUGGAGCAGACGGGUUCGAUUCGGCUCGAUUCCAAUCAAUGUUUCAUGCUUUGGCGGGGGAUGAAAAUUUUUUAGCCUGGUCCUGCAAAUAA